AGAAGAAACUACCUUCUCUGCCCCAAGAUUUCGAAGCUCUCUCCUCUUCCAUCCCUCUCUCCCCCUCCGAUCUUCCACAAAACCCUAGCGGAAAAUUAUUCUCCAUGAAGAAGCAGAAGCAGAUCCAACCCUUUAACCCUUUCGACCUUCUCUCCGAGGAACUUGUGUUCAUAAUCUUGGACCUCAUCGCUCAGAACCCAGUCGAUCUUAAAUCCUUCUCGCUAACCUGCAAGUGGUUCUACCAUGUCGAAUCCAAGAACCGGAGAACCCUGAAACCGCUCCGGUCGGAGUUUCUCCCUCGGGUCCUGACCCGGUACCCGAACUCCUCCCACCUCGAUCUCACCUUCUGCCCGCGUGUCACCGAUAACGCGCUUCGCGCCAUCGCCGACUUUUGCGGUCCGGCGCUCCGGUCCCUGGACCUGUCGCGGUCGGGGGCGUUCUCGGCGGCGGGGCUGCUGAGCGUGGCCGUGAAAUGCGUGAAUUUGGUGGAGAUCGACCUUUCAAACGCGACGGAGAUGAGGGACGCGGCCGCGGCGGUGGUGGCGGAGGCGAGGAACUUGGAGCGGCUUAGGCUGGGAAGGUGCAAAUUGCUGACGGACAUGGGAAUCGGGUGCAUCGCCGUCGGCUGUCGGAAACUGAGUUUGGUUGGCUUGAAAUGGUGUGUCGGCGUCGGAGAUUUGGGCGCUGGGUUGCUCGCCCUCAAAUGCAAGGGACUUCGAAGCUUAGACCUCUCUUACUUGCCGAUAACGGGCAAGUGUUUAGAUGAUAUUCUGAAAUUGCAACACCUUGAAGAGCUUCUUCUAGAAGGGUGCUUUGGGAUAGAUGAUGAUAGCCUUUCGUCACUCAGACACGAACAUGAAUGCAAGUCAUUGAAGAAGCUUGAUGUGUCAAGCUGUCAGAAUCUAACUCACAGGGGCUUAACCUCCCUCCUGAGUGCGGCAGGAUGUUUGCAGCAACUCGUGCUGGCACAUGGUUCUUCUGUCAUAUCAUCAGAUUUUGCCAAUUGCUUGAAGAAAACCUCAUCUUUGCAGUCGAUCACACUGGAUGGUUGUUCCAUUACUUCUGAUGGGCUGAAGGCCAUUGGCAUUUUGUGCAAGGCUCUGAAAGAGCUCAGCUUAAGCAAAUGCCUAGGCGUGACGGAUGAAGAUCUCUCUUCCCUAGUGAUGAAACAGAAAGGCCUAAGAAAACUUGACAUCACGUGUUGCCGGAAACUGACUGGUGUUUCGAUUGCCCAAAUCGCAAAUUCAUGUCCCAGUCUCAUCUCUCUGAAGAUGGAAUCUUGUUCUCUUGUUCCUAGAGACGCCUUCGUGUUGAUUGGGCAGAAGUGUCGAUUUCUCAAGAAACUGGACUUGACAGAUAACGAAAUCGAUGAAGAAGGAUUGAAGUCCAUAUCUGGUUGUCUUAGUCUUUCAUCGUUGAAGGUGGGAAUUUGUCUUAAUAUAACAGACAAAGGGCUCUCAUAUGUUGGCACAGCCUGCUCAGACCUUCGUGAACUUGAUCUCUACAGGUCAGCUGGGAUAACAGAUGUAGGAGUUUCAUCAAUAGCCAGAGGCUGCUCCAAUCUUGAGACCAUCAACAUAUCGUACUGCAAAGACAUCACAGAUAAAUCCUUGGUGUCACUGUCCAAAUGCUCACGGCUAAACACAUUAGAGUGCCGAGGAUGCCCCCUUGUUACCUCUAUGGGAGUGGCUGCCGUUGCUGUUGGUUGCAAGCGUCUUGCUAAGCUCGACGUGAAGAAGUGUCAGAACAUCAAUGAUUCCGCCAUGCUUACACUGGCUCACUUCUCCCCAUGUCUCAAACAGAUAAGCGUGUCAGAGACGGGAGUGACGGAUGUGGGGCUGAUGUCGCUGGGGAACAUCGGUUGUCUGCAGAACGUAGCGGUGGUGCAGUCGAGUGGCUUGACCCCGAGUGGCUUAACAGCGUCUCUGUUGGCAUUGGGAGCUCUGAGGAAACUCAAGCUCCACUCCUCUUUCAAAACUCUGCUUCCUCUGCAACUCAUUUAUCACAUGGAAGCCCGUGGCUGUGCCUUUCUCUGGAAAGACCAAACCCCUCAGGAAGAGUUGGAUCCAAAGUACUGGAAACUGCAGCUGGAAGAUUAUGCGCCUUUAGAAUAAAUAUGAUUCUAGAAGAAGGUGAGACAUUAGUCUCUAUGAGAGAGAGGAAGAGAGGAAAAAAAAAGAUGAUGCUGGAUUUUUGUUUUUAACUCUCAAAUAUUAGUUGGAAGUUCGGGUUGAAGAACACAGUGAGAGAGAGGGGCUUUGUCGUAAUGAAGAUGGAUGCUGAAAUACCAAGGUUGUUUGAGACUGGAGCAAUUUGUUUGAUUGAUGAUCUGUUCUUUGAAUGUCACUUUAACAGGUGGCAGAAAUGAACGAUUGGAUCCCAUACUGUUAGUUCUGGAUAGUUUCGUUCAGCCAAUAGGUAACAGUACUUUCCCUUCAGAGAGCAAAAAGAAAAUGUUGUAGGAUUUUUUUAUAUAAAUUUUCUGUUUGUGUUGAGAUUCCAUUUACUGUAUAAGAGGAAUAGAUGGAAAUGGAAAUCUCGUUGCUUUCACAUUCUCUUUGUAUGGCCUUCUUGCCUGGACAUGUAUGGGCACGUUAUCUUGUUUCCUUGUUGUCUCUUUCUAUGUUCUCUGUAAUGAAUUAUGUGAUCUAAUUGUAUAAAUGUUUCUGUUA